GAAGGGGAACAUGGCGGCGCGCCCCGGCGGGCUUGCGGGCCCUUCAGCCGCCGUCGGGUUCCCUCAUCGCCCCGCAGCGCGGGGAGCCCCUGGGAAGAGGCCACACGCAGGGUUCUGGCUGGGUGUGGCCGUCGUGGUGGUGCUGGGCGGCCGCUUGUGCCACCCAGCGGCCUCAGGAACGGCUCAGUCCGGCGGUGAUGAGGGGUCGGUGCCCCCCUCAGUGCCACGGGAAGGGUUUCAGGAGUUUGUAAUGAGGUGGGUGGAGAUCAAGCUCUUCUCCCUGGAAUCAAGUGACAGAAGGAGAGGAAACAGCCUCAAGCUGCGCCAGGGGAAGCUCAAGUUGAAAUUAGGAAGAAUGGAAGGGGUUGUCAAGCAUUGGAAGGGGCUGUCCAGGGAAAUGGUGGAGCCCCCAUCCAUGGAGGUGUUCAGAAAAUGUGUGGAUGUGGCACCUGGGGACAUGGUUCAUGACUGUCACCUUGAAGGGAAGGCAACAAAACCUCUAAAAAGCUCUAAUAUUCCAGCUCCAUACAUUGAAAAUGGAAAUAAUUCCACAGUGCCCCUCCUUUGCAGUGUCCACAUCACAGGAGUGAGGAGUUACAAAAGACAGAGCACUGCCAGGCCACGGAGGUCAUUUGAUGUUAUCAAGGAGCUGGUAAAGGAUGGAUUUGAAACAGCUCCAUGUCGUGGCAAAAUCCUGGAGUCAUCCCCAUGGAAAGGCCUCGUUCCUCCAAGGACAUGGUGACACAAAGAAUUACUUGGCAAAGCUGAUGGUGCACGGGGGACCAGACUCCAAGAUGAAACCAAGCCUUGCUGAAAUAUGAAAGCACAGAUUGCACCCUGGCUGAAUGUGGGCAGGAGCUGGAUGAAUAAAGAGGAGCGUCAGGACUUCACUCACAGCAACAGUUCAUCUAAACCUAUUUCCAGUGCUUGCUGUAAUAGAAAAAAAAUCACCUUUGUCAUGCAGUGAAAGGCAAGACAAAAGCCAAGUCUAAGGAAAACUAUUUUAAAACCCAUGCCCCCCCCAAAACCCACCCUGGUGCUGGACUUCUGAAACAGGUUCCAAAGAGCAACUCUAAAAGUGCAGGAUAAGGUCAGGAUGUCAAUAAAUGAUGCUUGUUCUCCAUCAGAGAGA